AUGCCCAGGGCAAUCUCUAUGCGUCGGCGGAUACCAGAGCACCACCCAGUAACACGUCCUAUACUCCUUUCCACGAAGGCUUUCAAGUGCAUCGAGCCGGAGAUCCAAGCGGUACUAUACGAGAGGAUGCACUUUUUGCUCCUGAAGGCACUUCAGAAUCAAACAAUACAAUGCAAGAGGAUGCAGCUGGGCCUGCAACUGAAGGUACUUCAGAAUCAAACACUACAAUGCAAGAGGAUGCAGCUGGGCCUGCAACUGAAGGUACUUCAGAAUCAAACACUACAAUGCCAGAGGAUGCAGCUGGGCCUGCACCUGAAGGCACUUCAGGAUCAAACAAUACAAUGCAAGAGGAUGCAGCUGGGCCUGCACCUGAAGGCACUUCAGAAUCAAACAAUACAAUGCAAGAGGAUGCAGCUGGGCCUGCAACUGAAGGCACUUCAGAAUCAAACAAUACAAUGCAAGGAGAUACAGUUGGAUCUGCACCUGAAGGUGACAACUAGGGAACUGCACCAGCAUAACGGGACGAACUUUGUUAAUUUCAGCCAUCUCGGAACCAGGCAAUAG